AUGACGAGGGCAUACAAAAUAAAUGGUAGGACUCGGAGAAGUGUAGAGGAACAGAGGUACCUUGGAGUGCAUGUCCACAGCACCCUGAAGGUUGCAGGAAAACUGAAUAAGGUGGUUUAUCUGCACACAGUGCUUUUUAUUGCUAUACUCCGUUAUACACAGCUUAAGUCAAAAGUGGAGAAACCAUGGCUGAAUAUUUUGGGGCUGCUAGCUCAAAGCACGGCAUCUAUUGGAAUGACUUUAGUGGCCAAUUUUCAGCUGUCUGAAGAUGAACGUAUACAUAAUACGGGCACAAUUUUGAUCUUUGGUUUUGGAACUAUGGUCUGCUGGAUCCAGGUUGUUCUGACUUUCCAGGCAAAUAUACAUAAUGAAGGAUUUAGAGUUGGAAUACUCCGUGGUAUGCUUGCAACGGCAAUAUCUAUAAACAUCAUCUUGUAUUUUUUUCUGGUUGCUCAACAUAAAUAUUUACACGGAGCGAGAGCCCAAUGGACGUUGAUCAUGAUUUUCCUCCUCUUCAUAGGGACAUUUGCAAUUGAAUUUCGCCAUUCUGAAUUUACGAUCCGUUGUGGUGACGGCCAAAAUCGAAGUGUCUCCACCGUUAUUGCUGAGUUCCACCCAGAUCACAUCUCCCACUGCACCAACACCUCCCCUCCAUCAAUUAAGAUCAAUGGCAAAACCCUGGAAGAUGUGGACUAUAUUCCGUAUAUAGAGAGCUCCCUUUCAACAAAGCUAGACAUGAUUGAGAAAUUCAUCAAUGCCUCCAAUAUGCCAGCUCAGCCUUGA